GCUUGCUCUAGUCAUCGUCAGGCAGUUGGUUUUUGAUUUUAAUAACAAUCCUUGCGAGAGAGUUGCUCAGUGUAAACACCAUUAAAUUGUUAAUGUAUGCGCCCCGAAGCAGGUCACCGAGCAUGUACUGUGAUGCAUUGGAUACUUCACCACAGUCGCCAGCAAACAUCUUACCUAAUAACAGCUUCAAUACUAAUUGUCUUCAGAGUGAGAAGGGGAAUUAUAAUUCUACCUUGAGUCGGGCGACAUAGAGGAGGCGAUCAAAGGAGUAUAGAAAUGAUAAUGAGAGCAAUCUUGACGCUUUUGAGUCUUGGAGUAUUUGCCGUAAUCUCCAAGGCCACCGGCUCACCAUGGAACGAAGAGCAGCGAUGGGUCUCGGAGAAGCUCGACCCCGCCCGGUACGAUGUGGCAACGCGCCCGGUCAAGAAUAUCGCAGAUGCCGUCAAUGUGACAGUGGAAAUGGUUCUGGUUAAAAUCGUCGGACUCGAUUCAAAGACUCAACUAUUAACAGCCGUAACUUCAUCUAACAUGGGUUGGGAAGAUAAACGUCUUAGCUGGAACACAAGCGAGUACAGUGGGAUGGAGUCCAUUGUCGUUCAAGCCAAUAUGGUGUGGUAUCCAAACGUCUUAAUACUGAAUGCAAUCGAUGAGAACACAUUAAUCCCAAGCGAUACGGAGGUUCUGGUAACGAGUGAAGGUGAACUGUUUGUAAGGGCCCAACGUACCCAUGACACGCAAUGCUUUCUCAAGCAGGAGCUAUUCCCGUUUGAUACCCAAGAUUGUUUGCUUGUCCUCGGUACGAGAGGCGCCCCCAGUGACGUCAUCGCUCUAACUGCGUCACAAUAUGUUCAGAGCCCAAAGAACAUCGGCUCGAACGCGAACUGGGAGCUGGAGAGUGUCUUACCCGUGGAAGGGUACUCUGUCGAGUGCAUCAAACACCGCAGUGCAUUAGAUGGUGAGGUUCAGUGUCAACGGAGCUCCCAGAUUGUGUUAGCUCUUUGCUUGCACCGGGUGCCGAAGUACUACAUGUACACGAUCAUGGCACCCACCGCAAUCCUGACAAUGUUGGCAUCAAUUGUCUUCUGGCUGCCCCCGGAAUGUGGCGAGAAGCUCUCGUUCGGCGUCUCGGUCUUCUUCGGAUUCGUCAUCUUCCAGUUGGUCCUGGAGAAUGAUUUGGCCGAUGCGGGAAACGGCAAACCAUCUAUUCUGGUACGAUACGAGUUGUGUAACUUUACGCUGACGGGUGUUGCUUUAUUGGUGUCGGCAUUCACCCUCAUCCUGCGUAAUAAAACCGACGAUCACGAUGCGGCGAAAGACCGACACGUCACAUCAGAGGAGACUUUACAAAGGAAUGGCGACGUGCCCAGGUCGCAGGAUGACGAGGUAACUCGUUAUACGUUACAGUCAGCGAAAAGGGUACAUCGUAAUUGGAAGCAGACAGCUGUUUAUGUCGACCGAAUCUCAUUUGUCCUGUUUUGGAUUGCAUACGCCUUUUUCUUGAUCCCACUGAUUGUUGAGGUAGCUUAUUACUCCAGGAAGUGUGAAUAGUUCACUUAGCAGUGGUUGACGGUCUCCACACCUUGGUCUUGGUCUUUAUCACCGAGCCCCUUUCACACGAGAGCAAUGUUAGCAGAGAGUUCCUUGCUAAAUUGUUCUUAGCCCCUUUCACAUGAGAGCAAUUUAGCAAGGGUCCCUUGCUAAAUAACUUGUAAAGCAUGGUUGUAAAUAGACUCUCCAAGUUCGUUUGCCAAAUCUUGUCAAACAUUAUUCCGAGUAUAGGGCCUACGGUUUUAUGCGUAUUUUUGAGUAAUUGCCAACCGUGUUCAGUGCCUUUAAUCAUUAGCAUUCAUGCUCAAACCAAUUGGAAGAUACAGAACAACGAUGAUCACUUCAUUUAAUUGUGAUGAAUCCAGAUAAUUUAAAAUUGACAUGAAUCCUUUCCAUUGAAUCCAGAUAAUUUAAAAUUGACAUGAAUCCUUUCCAUUGAAAUCUGCACCAUAUAAUAGAAUUGGUCUGUCACUAAUUACAAAUGCUUAUUCGACUGGGUAGCAAGCCUAUCCAUUAAUGGCGCACUGAUCUAACUGGGUAAUUAAGGGACCCGGAGACCGCACAUUAUAGUAUUCAAUCUAAAUGACAGGGCCGGGAAGUGCUUAGUCGAGGGUGGGGGGGGGGGGAAUGAACAAACACAAUCCCUUCUGCCUGUGAGUAAAAAGCAAUUUAUAC